CGAAACUGAAACUACAGUGGGUCCUGUUGACGCAGAGCUGGUGAACGGGUGAAACGUACACCGUGCUCUCUGUAAUGUUUUUCGAUGAAAACUGAGUUGACAUUCCGUCUGUUUGGUGAAUUAUAAUGGCAACGGAAAACUGGGUAUCUGAACUAAACCGAUAUGUUCAGCGGACACGACUGGAGCUGCGGUAUGAGGACGUUGGAUCUGUUGGACCUGACCACAUCAAGACAUUUACUGUCAGAGCUGUCUUGAAUGGCAAGGAAUAUCCUGAAGGUGUUGGGCACAACAAGAAGGAAGCCAAACAGAAUGCAGCUAAAAAUGCCAUGACAGCAUUGUCAGAGAAGUCAUCUGACUGUACUGAAAAUGCAGAAGCAGUUCGCCCUGCACCAGUUCAUCAGACAAGUAUUCAUAACUAUGUAUGCUGGCUUAAUGAAUACGGUAACAAGAACAAGGUGUUAAUAAAGGCUACAGAGUCAACCUCACUGGAUCCAAGGGGUGCUCAAUGCUGUAGCUUUGUGGUUGGUGAUAAGGAAUACCCUGCUGGCUAUGGGAAAACAAAGAAGGAAGCCAAGGAGGAAGCAGCAAAGCUUGUAUAUCAAGAGAUAUUAGACAGUACAAGUACACAUUCUGGAAAUGAGCCAUAUGGUGGCACACCACGUCAGCAAAAGGAGGAGUCAGAACAAAAUGUGUCAGAAAUCUGUGACAAGAUGAACAGCCUCAGUGUGAAGCCAGAAGGUGAAAAUUUCAUUGGACUUAUCAAUCAGUACUGCCAGAAAACAAAGUGGGCCUAUGAUUACAUCUUAGUGAAAAGAUGUGGUGAAGCACACAGUCCUCUAUUUUCCUACAAAUUAGUGAUCAACAACAAGGAAUACUCUGUGGGAAAGGGUAAGAACGUCAAGGAAGCCAAACAAAAUGCAGCUCAGCAGGCCUGGGCUGUUCUCAAACAACAGCCAGACUACGACAGCAAGGUACAUUUCUUGUCAUCUGUGUCUGAUGAUGGUGAACCAACCAGGCUGCCCACACUGCCAAACACACCGGAGUUUGAUAAUGCACAUAUGGAAUGCAAGCCAAAAGCUACUAUAGGUGACUCAGCUGUUUUCACCACUUCAAUGACCCCUUCCAAGAAUCAGGAUCAAAGUCCCGAUGUAAGACCCAGAAUAAGACUUGCAGCAAAGUUUGAAAGAGCUGGCAGUCACAGCAUGGAGGAUAUGCCCAAUUUCAAGAGAGGGGAAGGAACACCCCAUUCUCAAUCAAGCUCAAGAUUUAAAUCAGACUUUGACUGCAUAGAGCAAAUUGGCAAGGGAGCCUUUGGUCGUGUCUACAAGGCAAGAGAAAAACUGUUGGACAAGUACUAUGCUGUAAAGAUAGUUCGUUACAAAGAAAAAACUCUAAGAGAGGUGGCAGCAUUAUCAGAUCUCCAUCACCCCAAUAUUGUUCGAUACUACAAAUGCUGGAUGGAGGAUUCAGGGUAUCAAAUGGAAAGUGUAGCUGACAGUAGCAGUGCUUCGCACUUAACAGGGGGUUCAUCUGGCGAGCACCUCUGUAUUCAGAUGGAGUUGUGUAACACCAAAACACUUAGAGUGUGGAUAGAUAAGAAGAAUUCUGAGACGGGGCAAAUGUCUUUGUGUGACCCCAAGAGAAGAGAAAAGAGACUAACCAUUGUUCAGCAACUAGCCAGUGGAGUCGAGUACAUUCACUCCAAGAAGUUAAUCCACAGAGACCUGAAGCCAGCCAACAUCUUGUUUGGGCAGGAUGAAGAAGUGAAGAUUGGAGACUUUGGUCUGGUCACUGCUGAGAAUGAUGAUGAUGCUGAGAACCUGAUGGAGAGAACAGAGUACAAGGGAACCCCGUCUUAUAUGGCCCCUGAGCAGAAGAGCCGGAGCACUUAUGACCGAAAAGUGGACAUAUUUGCUUUGGGGUUGAUAUAUUUCGAACUUCUGUGGAACUUCAGUGGUAAGGACAAACAGAUUUGGGACGAUGCCAGAAACCAGAGACUUCCUCAAGACUUUUCUCAUGAAUAUCCCCAGGAGAGUCAAAUGAUAAAGUCAAUGCUGUGUUUCAAACCACAAGAGCGACCUGAGGCUAGUCAACUGAGGAAAAAUUUAGAAGAGUACAGUCACAGGCUUAAAAAUAUUUGUGAUGAAAGACAGACUGUCUAGUCUCAAAACUACUCAAAACAACUGAAAAAAAAGAAAAGUAAUCACAAGGGUCAUUUUUAACAGGAGUCAUGUGUCAUCAUAUUUGGACUGGAGUUGUCUGUAAGCCAAGCACAGUGUCUUUUUAAAUAUCUUUUCAUGAACUGUAUGUCAGGAUUAUGACAUGCAUGUGGAACUGAACCUGCUGGAAGAGGGACCAUCAUGUAGCUUGUUGUGAGUUAUUGCAAUAUUUCAUUAGAAUUGUACCAUUAUUCAUUAAUCAUGUCCUGUUACUCUUUAAAUGUGUUUAAAACUAAUGGAUUGAGUAGUUACAGCUAUUAAUGGCUGUUUUUGACAGUUUCAAGUGACAGAAUCUAAGUUUUCUGGGCAUGCACUCAACAGGCAGUGUUGUUGGAGUAGCACUAAUAUGACCUUACUGUGUUCUUCUGUUGUCAUGAGGCAUUAAUUACCUUAUUAAUCCAUUCCUCACUAUAGCAGUUACUGUUGGAACCAAUCCCAGCUGACUGAGGUGAGAUGUAAGUUACGCCAGGUAACCAGCCUGUCAGAGACACAAUGAUUCAUCCUCAGGUUGACACCAACUAUGGUCAAUUUAGUCUACUGUUAAACCCAAAUUUGCAUGGUCUGGGACUGUGAAUGGAACACACUGACACCACAGAAAAAGUCCUGGAUGAAAAACAGGGCACUUGUUGCUGUGAGGAGACUACACUAACCACUGCAUUACUGUGUCCCCCAUUAAUUGUAAUUUUUAAGUUGCAUUGUUUGAUGUAUUUGAGGUUAUUACAAAGAGGAAGUGAUCACCAAGCACACAUGUGGGACAUUUAAAUGUUCUUUGUUACUGCCACUAAGCUCUGGAAUAGGAUAUUUUUAACUCAAUUAAUCUUGAUGCAGUCUGAAUAUAUGGUGCUGUUUGUCUAAAUUUGCUCUUUGCUUUUAGCUUUAGCUCUAGCUCUAGCUCAACCCCUGCUGCUUUAAUGAUCUAUAUAAAUAAACAUGAUUCUCAAGAUGAAUCCAUUAAAAUGA